AGUCCCCCAAGGGAUGGCGGUGGCCGUGUCCGUGCUGGGGGGUGCGAUCAUCCCUGCCCAGCCCCCACCCGGGGGUCGGGCACAGCCCCCGCGCCCCCCCAGGUGACAGCCCCAGGACCCCGGCGAGGAGCCACCGCUGUCCCUUUGUCACCGGGCUGUCGCUGUCCCCGUGCUGGCCGCCCCCCGGGACCCUCGGCGUGCCAGGGUGGCACCGGGAAGUCCCAGAGGAUCAACAGCCCCGGGGCUUCCCCGUGGAGAGCGGCCAGGCCCGGGAUCAUCCGGGAUUAUCCCCGCGGCCCCUCUGGCACCGGGGCCGGGACCACAUCCCAAAUCCCGGGGCAGAAUUCCAUCUCACCGGGACCGAAUCCCAAAUCCUGGGGGGAGGAUUCCAUCCCACCGGGGAUGAACCCCAAAUCCCGGGGGGAGAAUUCCAUCUCACCGGGUCUGCAUCCCAAAUCCCGGGGGCAGAAUUCCAUCCCACAGGGGCUGAAUCCCAAAUCCCGGGGGCAGAAUUCCAUCCCACCGGGGCUGAAUCCCAAAUCCCGGGGGCAGAAUUCCAUCCCACUGGGGCCGAAUCCCAAAUCCCGGGGGGAGAAUUCCAUCCCACAGGGGCUGAAUCCCAAAUCCUGGGAGCAGAAUUCCAUCCCACCGGGACUGAAUAAUUCCAUCUCACCGGGACCGAAUCCCAAAUCCUGGGGGGAGGAUUCCAUCCCACCGGGGAUGAACCCCAAAUCCCGGGGGGAGAAUUCCAUCUCACCGGGGCUGCAUCCCAAAUCCCGGGGGCAGAAUUCCAUCCCACUGGGGCUGAAUCCCAAAUCCCGGGGGGAGGAUUCCAUCCCACUGGGGCUGAAUCCCAAAUCCCGGGGGGAGGAUUCCAUCCCACUGGGGCUGAAUCCCAAAUCCCGGGGGGAGAAUUCCAUCUCACCGGGGCUGCAUCCCAAAUCCCGGGGGCAGAAUUCCAUCCCACAGGGGCUGAAUCCCAAGACCCAGAACCUCUCCCAGGACACAUCCCUGAAACCCCCAUCCCUCGGAGCUGCCGUCAAUCAAUCAUUUCAAUCAAUCAAUCAAUCAAUCAAUCCCCAGAACUCUGCCUGA